AUUGUUUAAGGAAGACGGGAAAACAAAUCUGUGAUGUAGCACAGUUCUGUUAUAAGUCAUUGUAUCUACUUGUUUUAAAUGAUAAAUGACUUAAUUUAUUGAAUAUAAUUGUUUAGACGCACUUUACAUGUUUCCUAGCCAAACCAGCAGACAGUUUGAGAUGUAGAAAGCGAGUUUUAAUGGGAAACAGUAAGGAAAGCUAAACAUCAUCAUGCUUCUUCAGUAUCUUCUCCUCUUGGCAUCAUGUAGCAUCGGGGAGUCAAAGAGGAGAAAUGUGCUUCUAAUAAUUGCUGAUGAUGCCGGCUUUGAGACAGAGGUGUAUAACAACUCUGUGGUCCACACCCCCCACCUGCGCUCUCUGGCCCAGCGCAGCCUGGUGUUCAGCAACGCCUUCACCUCCGUCAGCAGCUGCUCCCCCAGCCGCUCCACCAUCCUUACCGGCCUGCCACAGCACCAGAACGGCAUGUACGGGCUUCACCAGGGUGUUCACCACUUCAACUCAUUUGAUGGAGUUCAAAGUCUGCCGCUGCUCCUCGGCCAGGCCAACGUACACACAGGGAUAAUUGGAAAGAAGCAUGUCGGCCCUGGAUCAGUUUACCCUUUUGAUUUUGCCUACACCGAGGAGAACAACUCUGUCCUCCAGGUGGGGAGGAACAUCACCCGCAUCAAGCUCCUGGUGCGAAAGUUUUUCCGGACCCAUAAAGAGGAAGCCUUUGAAAGACGCCAAAUGAGAGAGGAAGAUUCUGACAGUUUAAAAGAUGAAGAGAGGCCGUUUUUCCUGUAUGUUGCCUUUCAUGACACCCACCGAUGUGGACACUCUCAGCCGCAGUACGGAGCUUUCUGUGAGAAGUUUGGGAAUGGGGAAAUGGGGAUGGGAAGAAUUCCUGACUGGACACCGGAAUAUUACACACCAGAGCAAGUCAAGGUCCCUCCCUUUGUGCCGGACACACCUGUGGCGCGCUCCGACCUGGCAGCGCAGUACACCACGGUCAGCAGGCUGGACCAAGGAAUCGGUUUAGUUCUCCAGGAGCUCAGAGACGCCGGUUAUGAGAACGACACUCUGGUCAUCUACAGCUCAGAUAACGGCAUCCCCUUCCCCAACGGCAGGACCAACCUGUACCGCUCCGGCACUGCAGAGCCCAUGCUGCUGUCCUCUCCAGAGCACAGGGGGCGCUGGGGGGGCACCAGCCAGGCCUACGUCAGCCUGCUGGACAUCACCCCCACCAUUCUGGACUGGCUCUCGGUCCCCUACCCAUCCUACAGACUCCCCGGGGACCGCUCCACCCCGGUGCACCUCACGGGUCGCUCCUUACUUCCUGCGCUGGUCACGGAGCCCAGCAGCUGGAACACGGUCUACGGCAGCCAGUCCCUGCACGAGGUUACCAUGUACUACCCAAUGCGCUCCGUCCACCAGGGGGCGUACCACCUUCUCCACAACAUGCACUACCGCAUGCCCUUCCCCAUCGACCAGGACUUCUACGUGUCCCCCACCUUCCAGGACCUGCUGAACCGCACCCGGUUGAGCGAGCCCACCCAUUGGUUCAAGAGCCUGCAGCAGUAUUACUACAGAGAGCGCUGGGAGCUGUUCCACUCCAGCACAGACCCCCUGGAAACUAAGAACCUGGCCUCAGAACCAGCUUACAGCGGCGUGCUGGAGAACCUGAGGCAGGGUCUGCAGAAGUGGCAGUGGCAGACCGGCGACCCCUGGGUCUGCGGGCCAGACUACGUCCUGGAGGACAAGCUAGAGCCGCAGUGCAGACCUCUUUACAACGGACUCUGAUGGUGCUUUAACUCAUGUGGAUUGACAUGAUGUCCGCCUACAUGAACACAUUUGUCUUAAUAAAUCUCUAGUAUUAUUUUUCUAUGCUGCUUUUAAUGGUUAAUAAACAUGAAUUGCCUUAUUGCUUGACAUUAUUUGUAUAUAGGAUCUUAAUGUAAGCAGAUAAAUUAAUCAUACAGGUCCUUCUUAUUACAUAUCAUAUAAUUUAUUAUCUGUCUCUAUACAUUUAAAGUAAUUUUCCCAUCAUCCAGACCCCCUCAUAACCUGGUUUCAUAUAAAGCAAUAGUUUUACCUGUUUUGGCUAUUAUUAAAUUGGACAAAAGUAGAUGCAUCUUAGUUUACGUCUCCAUCACUGUUGUGCUACUGAUCUGCUGAUAGAGGCAGUGGAAAUCAUGAUGCAUGACCAGAGAGGUUGGCAAAUCAAUGGGGAAAAGGGUUUGUAUUGAUUCCUCCGAGCUUCACUUUCAAGUAAGACUGAGUCUCAAACCAUCCGUGUAAAAAGCGUUUGAAACAGGAAUACAAUUUGGAUUAGUCGAUUAUUCACUUGUAUUCAUUGAUUGUUUUUUAAGAGUAUAUACAUUUGUCCAUUUGAGGCCUUUUGAAGCCACUGAUUCUGCUUGGUUGUGUCACAUGCAAUACAUUUACUUCUUGUUCAUUUGAGAAGGCCAGUUGAGUAAACCAAGGGCUCUCUAGACCAAUCUGAAAGCACGAUAAAGAGUCUUUGAGUAUGUUUCUCUCAGAGAUUGUUAUGUUCAAUUAUUUUUUUCAUGUAUUGUUCUAAAGUAUAAUUGUAAAUCUGAGACGAUUAAAGAAAGAAAAACGCU